CAUUUUAAAGAAGUUACAGGCAUCCAAACAGCCCCUUAGGGUUUUGAGUUUGCCAGGAGAAUUGUGGAGUUGAUCUGGGUUCGGCAGCUGGUGAUUAGACAAUUGAUGCAAGGUUCAUUUUGAUAAAACGAAUUCUAGGGUUUCUUCUUCUUCUUCUUCUCCUUUUGGCGUUGGAAAGAUGUACCGGAGCGUGGCUACAUCUACAACCCGGGGUGGGUUACCUACAGACAGUGGAGAUUAUGUGGUGAUGCUCGAUCAAGUGCCUCGUUGGAUUGAUGCAGAACAGCGGUCCUCUUCCGUGUAUGAGAGCGAGGAUCCUUCCUUCCCCAACCCGUAUUUCUCAGAUCCUCUGACAUCUACAUCUGGAGCUGAGGGUGGUGUUGAUGGGUUGGUUUCGAGGUUUCCUGUUGAUCAUGAAAUCAAUUCAAGGAUAUAUCUCUGGCGUGGCAACCCUUGGGAUAUUGAGGUUGAUGCUGUGGUUAACUCCACAAAUGAGAAUUUGGAUGAAGCACACAGUAGCCCUGGUUUGCAUGCUGCUGCUGGACCCGGUCUUGCAGAAGAGUGUGCUACGCUGGGUGGAUGUCGAACUGGAAUGGCGAAAGUUACAAAUGCAUAUGAUCUUCCAGCUCGGAGGGUUAUUCAUACAGUGGGUCCCAAGUAUGCGGUCAAGUAUCAUACUGCUGCAGAGAAUGCUCUUAGUCACUGCUAUCGUUCUUGCCUUGAGCUUCUUAUUGAGAACGGACUUCAAAGCAUUGCAAUUGGUUGUAUAUAUACAGAGUCCAAAAAUUAUCCUCGUGAACCAGCCGCUCAUGUGGCAAUAAGGACUGUUCGGCGGUUUCUGGAAAAGCAGAAAGAUAAAAUCACUGCUGUUGUUUUCUGCACCACCACAUCAUCUGAUACAGAGAUAUAUAAGAGAUUGCUUCCACUUUACUUCCCCAGGGAUAAGCACGAAGAGCAGGUGGCAUUGUCAAAGCUUCCUGCAGAUGUAGGGGAUGAGAAUGGUGAGACAAUAAUAGAUGAGCGCAAAAUCAGAAUAACACCUUUGCCUGCGGUGUUGUCAGCCAUCCCCAAGCCUCCUACAGCUCCAGUUGAUCUUCCUGUUAGCGAUGGACUGACACUGAGACGAAAUUCUUCCUCUCUGGAUUCAUAUCUGGAUCCUGCAUUUAUGUCUUUAACCAAGGAUCCAGAUCAACGGCGUAAGGAGCAAUUGGAAAAGAAAGCUCAAACACAAAGUGGUUGGAAUUGCGCUAAAUUGCUUGGACUCGGUGAUCUUGGCGGUCCUCCAUUAUCUGCAGCUGAAGAAUACUCACUUCAUGCCAGAUAUCUUGCCAAAGCAAAUUCACUCUAUCUUUCAGAAAUUGCAGAAAUGAAAAUUGUUUAUCGUGGUGGGGUUGACAGUGAGGGCCGCCCUGUAAUGGUUGUGGUGGGAGCUCAUUUCCUGCUGCGAUGUCUUGAUUUGGAGCGGUUUGUGCUUUAUGUAGUAAAGGAGUUUGAGCCUUUGAUACAGAAGCCUUAUACAAUUGUAUACUUUCAUUCUGCUGCAUCUUUACAGCCGCAACCGGAUUUAGGAUGGAUGAGGCGCUUACAACAAAUACUUGGUCGGAAACACCAGCGUAAUCUGCAUGCAAUUUAUGUUCUGCAUCCGACAUUUGGACUGAAGGCAGCAAUCCUUGCUUUGCAGUUGCUUGUGGAUGGCGAAGUGUGGCGGAAAGUAGCAUACGUCGAUCGACUACUCCAGCUGUUCAGAUAUGUCCCACGCGAGCAGUUGACCAUCCCAGAUUUUGUGUUUCAGGCAUGAUCUCGAAGUGAAUGGAGGGAAGGGUCUUAUCGUGGAUCCAAGAACAAAAUACAUAUACCACAGACCCUCUGCCUGACAUGCAAUCCUAUUGACAAUCUACAAUGCUGGUUUGGUAAUUAAUCUGUAUUCUUAUUUUAUUUGUUUGUUCAUUUGUGCAAGUAGCCACCUUAUUAUUUCUAUCUGGGUUACGUGCAUCUGGUUGGAAAGAAAUAACUGUUGUUUCAGGAAUAGAAAGGGUUGCUUGUCUGGAAAUUUUCAGUAGGGCAAAAUUGUUUGUUAUGCAAUGGGUGAACGCUUGUAAUAUUUUAAGCACAGAUCAGUAGUUUCCCGUUUUGUGGCUCAAGUUGUAAUUUUAUAUUAUUAUUAUUUUCUCUCUUCUUUUGUA